GCCGAUGGCACGUGACGUUAGCUAUAAAGAACACGAACUCACCCAUUUAUGUCAAAACGUCCUGAGGCACAAACAAGUGUUGAGGUGAACAAGCAUGGCGACUAUGAUUAAGCUGAUUCUCCCAGUUCUUGUGUUACUCCUAGUCUCGACUGAGACUAAGGGUUUAAGUCUUGGUAGGAUAUUUGGCAAACGUCUUUUAAAUGGAUAUCGCCUAGUUACUGAUGUCGCGAAAAAAAUUUUGUCCAAGCUUCCAUUCAAGAUUCCCGGAUUCGGGGGACCAGUUUCGCCGACACGUACACCUUCAUUCAGUAACAAGACGUACGAUUCCCCUCGAUUCUAUGAAAUGAAGAUCAAUGCCUCAGAUUAUACGUUGCGCUGCUAUUCAAAGCCUUAUAAAUGGGUGUCAACUACUGUAGAAGGCAAUACUUCCAGAGAAGCCGGCAGACCUGCCUUUUGGAAACUUUUCAGUUACAUCGGAGGCAGCAACGAAGAAGAAAUGAAAAUCAAGAUGACUGCACCAGUGACUAACAGCAUGCAGUUGGCGGACCCGGGAUCUAACACCUUCUGCAAGAGGAACUUCACCAUGAGUUUUUUCAUCCCAU